UCACUCUCUGAGUAGUUGAGAGUUGAGCAUUUUGCUGUGGAGAGUGAGCGGGAAUGCGAGUGUAAGCGCCAGUCGCUUGGCAACAUGUUGCGGCAGCAUGCAGAUACGCCCGGACGUAGUACUGCGCAACAUACGGGCAUCAAUAGUUCGCCCUCGCUCGUUCUCGUCGUGCGUGCUGUCUGCGACCUUCAAAAAGCAUAAUGAAAUCCGAGCAGCGAGCCCAAAACAAACUUGCCAGACAACAAAAAGGAGCAGGACAUUCAACCGGCUGCUUGGAGCUGGGGGCGCACAGACAGCCCCAGAGCCAUCCCAAGCCGGGCAGGACUGUGGGCCAAAGGCGGAUUCCCGAUUGCUGCUUGCGUGCGGUAUUAUCGUUCCCCGACGAGUCGUCCUUGGUCGUUCGCGCACUCAAUCCUUGAAGGUCACCCAGCAGCAACAGCAACAGAAACAACUGGAAUUAUAAUAACAUCCUUGCUCUCAGCAUAUUUUCCUGCUCUGCAUCCUGAUGGCAGCUAGGGUAGAGUCUGCCCCCAGCCUAAGCCAAUUUUAGGGUCUC